AUGCGGACAACCUUGGUGGCCCUUCUCGUCGGUGUGACGAAAAUCUUCGCCCAACAGCCAACUCUACCCGAUGUUCCCGGUCUUUCACUCGACGAUAAUCCCCCAUGCGCUGAUGACGACUUCAUCAAAUUCGUGGAAGGAUGUGUUGUUAUGAGCUGCCCGCUGAAAUACGCCAUCAUCACGCAAAAUAUCACCUGGACCGCGUGUGAUUUCCCUCUGCACAAUGAGGUACCAGCCACAAAAGUAGCUCGGAUCGUUCUGUUCGCGAUGCUUCCAACACUCGCCAUCAUCCUUCGGCUGAUAACGAAGUUUGCUCGGUUAUCGCCGUGGGGUUGGGAUGACUAUACUAUUAUUGUGGCAUACAUUAUACUUGUGGCGUACGUGUCAUUGCACGUCUUUCUCGAGGAUAACGGUGCCGGGAGAGAUCUAUGGACUCUCAGUGACUCAGAGAUUACCCAUUUCUUCAAGGUAUUCGACGCCUGCCGCGUCUCCGCGGACGGCUUCUAUGCACUACAAACAUUAUAUCAUUCCUGCAUCGACAUCAUCAAGGCAUCGAUUCUCUUCAUGUACCUUCGAAUUUUUCAUCUGCCUGGCGAAAAGAUCACCAUUGCGUUGUGGGUCACGCAGGCCCUUAACCUCAUGAACGGCGUCAUCUUCAUCUUCGUCGGCCUGUUCCAGUGCAAUCCCGUGAGUCUUGCAUGGACCUUCUGGACAGGGGAUGCGACUGGGAAGUGUAUGAACAUUGUAUAUCUCGCGCUGGCACACGCAGGGAUAAACAUUGCGCUGGACAUUUGGAUGCUCAUCCUACCCCUGACACAAGUUUGGGGCAUGAAUCUGGCUCGCCGCAAGAAGUUUGCGAUCAUGUUCAUGUUCAGUCUCGGUCUGUUUCUCACAGUUGUAAGCUGCAUCCGAAUCAAAGCAAUCUUGGACUUUAGGAAAGAUCCGCUCAACCCUACCGUGGCCAUGAUGCCGAGCGUCAUUUGGACGGACCUUGAGCUUUACGUUGGAAUUUUCACAGCUUGCAUACCGACUCUUCGUCAAUUCUUUGUUCGGUUCAUCCUUCAACAAUCAGAAAAGAAGAAGCGUUUGAGUUCAGCUGCGGCUGAGUAUAGAGGCUCAAUGCUCACGCCCAAGAAGGGCGGGUCGCAGCAAAUGAGCGAGCUCGACACCAUAGACGAGAGCAGCCACCAUAAUUCUCCAUAA